AUGGCUGUCAUUCAAGACCUGCCCAACGAGCUCCUCGACAUGAUCGUGGCUGCUGCCGGCGGGAAAACGUCCGACCUCAUCAGCCUGUGCCUCGUCUCGAAGAGGUUCGAUGCCAUAACCCGUCCUCAUCUAUGGCACACCAUUGAGUUGUCUCCGCACACGAAGCCGUGGCAACUGACCGUUACAAAUUCGAUCGCCCGAAAUCCCACGUUGGCACUUCUCGUUCGACAACUUACCAUCCCGCAAGCACGCUCACCAGGACCGUCAGGGCCGGCUCAGGACAACUUUCCUGGUGCGACCAUCGACCAAGAUCAGCUGCUUAGCUGGGUCAGCAAUGCCUACGAUUCAAAAUUUGUCGAGUGGCUCUGUGCCAAAGCUGAUCAGCCGUGGACAUCAAUCAGUCAUAUCGCCACUUUCCUUGUACUUCACAUGCGCAAUCUGGAGAUCCUGACCUAUGCCACUAGCUGCGCAAAAGAUGGAGAUUCGAUGAUCGAGAUGUUCAAGCAGUGCGAAGAAAUUUGUGUGGCCAACCGUGGUGAACUGGCCCGGAUGGGAGGCAACACCAGAUUACCCCUGGCGAAUCUUCAUUUCUUGGAUCUUUCGAAUGGCGAAGAGGAUAAACCCCUCUAUUUCUCUACCAUUCAUCUUCCUCGUCUUAAUCGGUUCAAUGUCUACAUGCCGCGGCUCGAUCUCCUUAAAGUCCCAGGCCGUCACACAUGUACGAUCCAGCGAGUCGUCAUCAGGGACAAUCGUUUCCACGAAAGCUACAUUCGCAAACUUCUUGUGUCGAUGCCAGCCUUGCGGGCGCUACGGUAUAUCUCAUCCGAAUUUCGCCAGUUGGGUAAUUCUGCAGUGCAACCUGACAUGGAUGCGCUUGGCACUACAUUGCGGCAACAUGGUCAAAAUCUGGCAUUCCUCGAUUUCUUCAUAAUCCCAGACUUGAUCAUUCAUGAGUAUGACGAUGGACAAUAUGAAACUGAAGUUACCGGGAUUCGUGGCCGCAUCGGCUCUCUGAAGCAGAUGACAGCUCUACGAUUCUUGCGCAUCGGAAUGCAGCAUUUGCUUGGUCUCCAUCAGGGUUGGGCCUCAAACCUAGCUGAUGUACUGCCCCCGUCACUAGAACUGCUAAUACUGAGAACAAUGGAGAGUCUCAAGAGCCGUUUAGAAACUCACAGCAGACUUGUGGCCGAUUUCCUGAGGCAUCAUUCAGGCUUUCCCCGACUAUGGUCUAGCAUUGUGCAAGGGCAUGUCCAGUCAUGGGUCCGCCAUGAGAAGUGGCGAAAGGUAGACUACACUAGGCAAGGUUGCCAAGGGACUAUUUUCUAUCUCCAAAUAUUCGACCACGGAAGAUUGCCGGAGGACAACCACCUGUUCCUUCGUCUUCUGAAGGGCUCCGAACUGUCAUCGUCGUUGGAGGCGUGUCAAGAAGAGCAGAGCUCUACAAAUGCCACAUGAAUCGGUGGCAGAUCGAUAUUCGAGAUUGCCAUCGAUAAAUGUUAAGCACUGCAUGAGGACCGAUAUAUGCACCUACCAAAUAGA